AGCUAGGGUUUAAGCUUCUUUGAGUGUCACUCCGCAACAUUUCUUCAACUCUCUUCUCUCUCUCUCUCAAGUGCCAAAAUGGUGUUUGUCAAGGCCCAAAAGUCUAAGGCUUAUUUCAAGCGGUUUCAGGUUAAAUUCAAGAGAAGAAGACAGGGGAAAACUGACUAUCGUGCAAGGAUUCGCAUGAUAAAUCAGGACAAAAACAAGUAUAAUACUCCCAAGUUCCGCUUUGUUGUGCGAUUCACCAACAAAGAUAUUAUUGCCCAAAUCUCUUCGGCAAGCAUUGCUGGUGAUCAUGUUCUUGCUUCUGCUUAUGCACAUGAGCUGCCUCGUUAUGGACUGGAAGUUGGCCUAACCAAUUAUGCUGCUGCUUACUGCACUGGUCUUCUAUUGGGCCGCCGUGUUCUGAAGAAGCUUGAAUUGGACGAGGAGUAUGAAGGAAAUGUUGAGGCAACUGGAGAGGAUUACUCUGUUGAACCAGCUGACAGCAGGAGGCCAUUCCGUGCUCUCCUUGAUGUUGGUCUGUUAAAGACCACAACUGGCAACCGUGUUUUUGGUGCUCUCAAGGGUGCUCUUGAUGCUGGUGUUGAUAUUCCCCACAGUGAGAAGAGGUUUGCUGGAUUCAGCAAGGACAACAAACAACUUGAUGCGGAGGUGCAUCGGAAGUACAUCUAUGGUGGCCAUGUUGCUGCAUACAUGAAUACUUUGAUGGAAGAUGAGCCUGAGAAGUAUCAGACUCACUUUAGUGAAUACAUCAAGAGGGGGAUUGGUGCUGAUAACAUCGAGGAUAUGUACAAGAAGGUCCAUGCAGCCAUUCGAGCCAAUCCUAGUCAAACUAAGACUGAGAAGCCUGCUCCCAAAGAGCACAAGAGAUACAAUCUUAAGAAGCUAACUUACGAGGAGAGGAAGGCCAAGUUGAUUGAGAGGUUGAAUGCCUUAAAUGCUGCUGCUGGAAAUGACGACGAUGAUGAAGAUGAAGAGGAUGACGAGUGAAGAAUUCAAUCUGAAGCAUCUCCUUUUUGUCAAUUUUGGUUGUUUUUUUGGUUUUAAUGGACUUGUUGACAUUUUAGGUUGUCGGCAUCAUCUAUUUACAAUAUUAACUUUUUUGGAAAUGAUGGUCGUCUGUGGUAAUCAAACUAACAUUGAGGUGAUUAGUCUUGAAAUUGUUUUAAACUUA